AUAUAAUCUUCUAGUUCAGGUCGCCAUUUUGGUUUCGCAACGAAAAGCUGAGAGCGUAUCGCAAUCCAAGUCCAUCCGUUGGAUAAAUCAAAAGAACCAUAUUCACAACAAAAACAAGGGUUUAUAAAACACCAAAGACUUCGCAUGUCCAUCCAGAAUUUGCAAGUGUAUAAUCCGUUUGAGGACGCCUCAAAAGGUGACGGCGAAAGCAAUACAAGUGUCCAAAGAGACGUCAUUCACGUCCGGAUCCAACAGCGGAACGGUAGAAAGACUUUGACAACAAUCCAAGGCAUAUCAGAUGAAUAUGAUAAAAAGAAGCUAGUGAAGGCCUUCAAAAAGCAAUUUGCCUGCAAUGGAACAGUCGUAGAUCACCCAGAGUAUGGUGAAUGCAUCCAGCUGCAGGGAGACCAAAGAGCACAUGCUCAAGAGUUCUUGCUGCAAAUAGACCUGGCAAAGAAAGACCAAAUCAAAGUCCAUGGCUUCUGAACAAGCACAGGCUGUUUUAUGUUGAACAAUUUAGUUUGUACAUAUGUAACAACAACAAGAACAAUGUAUGUGUGCAUUUUUACAUCACAAAGCCUAAAAUCUAACUGUCCAAGCUAACGCUGUGUAGUUAGAUAUUUUAAUGCAGCAUAAGAACAGUAUUGGCUAUAUGUUCUAAAUGACAUUGAUCUUUAAAGUAUAACAUAUAAAUGAGAAAAAUCCCAUCUAAA